AUGUCCUUUCCCAACAGCUCUCCUGCUGCUAAUACUUUUUUAGUAGAUUCCUUGAUCAGUGCCUGCAGGAGUGACAGUUUUUAUUCGAGCAGCGCCAGCAUGUACAUGCCACCACCUAGCGCAGACAUGGGGACCUAUGGAAUGCAAACCUGUGGACUGCUCCCGUCUCUGGCCAAAAGAGAAGUGAACCACCAAAAUAUGGGUAUGAAUGUGCAUCCUUAUAUACCUCAAGUUGACAGUUGGACAGACCCGAACAGAUCUUGUCGAAUAGAGCAACCUGUUACACAGCAAGUCCCCACUUGCUCAUUCACCGCCAACAUUAAAGAAGAAUCCAAUUGCUGCAUGUAUUCUGAUAAGCGCAACAAACUCAUUUCUGCCGAGGUCCCUUCGUACCAGAGGCUGGUCCCUGAGUCCUGUCCCGUUGAGAACCCCGAGGUUCCUGUCCCUGGAUAUUUUAGACUGAGUCAGACCUACGCCACCGGGAAAACCCAAGAGUACAAUAACAGCCCCGAAGGCAGCUCCACUGUCAUGCUCCAGCUCAACUCUCGUGGCGCGGCCAAGCCGCAGCUCUCGGCUGCCCAGCUGCAGAUGGAAAAGAAGAUGAACGAAACCGCGAGCGGCCAGGAGCCCACCAAAGUCUCCCAAGUGGAGAGCCCCGAGGCCAAAGGCGGCCUUCCAGAAGAGAGGAGUUGCCUGGCUGAGGUCUCGGUGUCCAGUCCCGAAGUGCAGGAGAAGGAAAGCAAAGAGGAAAUCAAGUCUGAUACUCCAACCAGCAAUUGGCUCACUGCAAAGAGCGGCAGAAAGAAGAGGUGCCCUUACACUAAGCACCAAACGCUGGAAUUAGAAAAAGAGUUCUUGUUCAAUAUGUACCUCACCCGCGAGCGCCGCCUAGAGAUCAGUAAGAGCGUUAACCUCACCGACAGGCAGGUCAAGAUUUGGUUUCAAAACCGCCGAAUGAAACUCAAGAAGAUGAGCCGAGAGAAUCGAAUCCGAGAACUGACCGCCAACCUCACCUUUUCUUAG